AUGACCGUAGCUUGUACUGCAACUCUCCAGAAACCUCAGGGGACUGUGAGCAAAGGAAGAGAAAGGGACAAAGCAGUUUCCUUGGGUCUUUACUUCCCCAGGAGAGAAUACUCUGAAAAUGUCUACAUAGAUCAGCCUGCAGGGACACCGCUACUGCACAUCCAUGCCUUGCAGGAUUUUCAUGGGGAGGAGGUGCACUUUCAGCUGUGUCAGCGUAUCCUUAUUCAUCGAAUUGGGACACAUGAAAAUCAGUGGUUUCAAAUCAAAGAAAAAACAGGGCUUCUCUACCUCAAUAAAAGUCUGGAUAGAGGAGACUUCGAUAUCCUGUCUGGAGGAAACUGGGUUUCAUUACCAAAGGCAGUUCUUCAGGUCUCUCUUUCAUCCCAUCCCUUCCAAGGGAAAAAAUGUGAAUCUCCCACUUACGCUGUGGUUUCUCUCUUCAUCAUCAAUGCCACUGCACCACCUUGCAGUUCUCGGAUAGCAAGGCAGCUCUGCUUCACAGAAAUGGACCUCUCCUUUCACAUCAAAGAGAAUAAACCACCCGGCAUGUUUCAUCAGCUUCAGUUACCCCAAGUACAGCAUAUGUGUCAGAACCUCAGCAUUUCCUACAAAUUGCUAGCAGCUGAAGGGCUGCCAUUUCGCUACAAUGAGUCUACCACAGGGGUGAGUGUGGUACAACGGUUGGAUCGGGAAGAAAGAGAGAAGUAUGAGUUGAUUGCCAAAUGUACAGUGAGAGAAGGUUCCAAGGAGAUGCAGGUUGAGGUGCCUUUUCUGGUGAAUGUAUUAGAUGAAGACGACUCUCCCCCCUUCCUUUUCAAUGGCACUAGCACGGCAGAUGCUAUUGUGAAAUUCAACAGAAAAGAGGGAACGGCUGUAGCAGCACUGACAGUAUGUGAUGCAGACACUACACCUAUUUACCCUCUUGAAAGCAGCAGGAAGAAGUACACAGGAACCAUCAUUACAGCUGAUCCCUGGAUAAAUGAAACAUUUCGUGUGGAGCACCUCUUCCAUGAAAUCCGUUUCAGCCCAAAUGGUAGCCAAGUGAGGGGAACUCUGCAUGAAUACAAACUGGUACUGGAUAAAAAUAUUUCAGUCUCAGAGAACCGUUCCUUCCAGUUGGAUGUUCUGGUGAAUGACACAGAGUUUAAUGGCCCUGAAAGAUCACUGAUGCUCCACUUCAAUGUUUCCAUUCUUCCUGUCAGCAUUCAGUUUCCUAACAUGACAUACCAGUUCACAGUUAACAGAAAUGCUGAACGUUUUGCACAGAUUGGAAAAGUCUGCAUCGAAAACUGUAUGAAGUUCUGUGGAGUAAACAUUACCUACAGAUUGCUGCCCCCCAAUGUUAGCUGCUAUGCUGUGGGAAUACUUCAGGCCCGAGAAGAGAAAUAUGGAAGCCUGUAUGUGAAUGAUUCUUCUGUGCUGCAGAGACCUGAAUGCAAAGAAAUACAAUACCCUGUUAUAGCAAUGGACAAGCAGAGCAAGAAACAUGCCAAAACUCAGCUCACUAUUGUGUUGGAAGGAACACUUCUUGAGAGAGAGGAGGAGUGCCCAGACUCUUGUGCUGUGAGUAAGCACCGCAUUGAAUGUGAAGAAUGUGGUGGCUUAGGAGUGCUAACAGGGAAAUGCAAGUGGAGACAGGGAAGUGGAGAAGGAAUCACGUCCAAUUAUUCUACCUGCACUCCAAGCAUCAAGACUUGUCCAGAUGGCACCUGUGAUGUUAUUGAGAGCAAGGAUCCUGCCGUGUGCCCUCAAGACUGCACAAGUGGGAUCAUCGUUGGUGGCCAUGAGAGAGGCAUUCUUGGAAUUAAGUCAGGAUAUGGGGUUUGUUAUUGCUUUCCAAGGGAAAACUGUUACUGUGAGAAAGAUUAUAUUACUGAGACGCUGUGUGAUGAUGUGUGCAAGACUGUGAUAGCAGGUGCAGUUCUGCUGUCCUUCAUUAUCUCAGUGUUGCUCUCUUCUUAUUUCAUUCACCGUUACCACAAGAAUACUCCAAAGCCACCUAUUGCCUCAGCAGAAAUGACUUUUCGGCGCCCUGCUCAGUCCUACCCCAUCAGUUAUUCUUCCACUAAUGUCCGCCGACCAUCACUGGACUCAAUGGAAAACCAGGUGUCAGUAGACACCUUUAAAAUACCAGAGGACCCAAAAUGGGAAUUUCCUCGGAAGAACCUGGUUCUUGGCAAGACUCUAGGAGAAGGAGAAUUUGGAAAGGUAGUCAAGGCAACAGCAUUCAGACUCAAAGGGAAAGCAGGCUAUACCACUGUGGCAGUGAAAAUGCUAAAAGAAAAUGCUUCCCAGAGUGAGCUGAGAGAUCUCCUUUCAGAGUUCAAUCUCUUAAAACAGGUUAACCACCCUCACGUCAUCAAACUUUAUGGGGCUUGCAGUCAAGAUGGACCACUGUAUUUAAUUGUGGAAUAUGCAAAGUAUGGCUCGUUACGCAGUUUUCUCAGGGAAAGUCGGAAAGUGGGACCUAGCUACGUAGGCAGCGAUGGCAACAGAAAUUCAAGCUACUUGGACAACCCAGAUGAGAGAGCCUUAACAAUGGGAGACCUCAUCUCAUUUGCAUGGCAGAUAUCUCGAGGAAUGCAGUACCUUGCAGAAAUGAAGCUUGUUCAUCGGGAUUUAGCAGCCAGAAAUGUGCUGGUCGCAGAAGGACGCAAAAUGAAGAUUUCUGAUUUUGGCUUAUCUCGAGAUGUUUAUGAAGAGGAUUCUUAUGUCAAAAGAAGCAAGGGUCGGAUACCUGUCAAAUGGAUGGCAAUAGAAUCUCUGUUUGAUCAUAUCUAUACAACACAAAGCGAUGUAUGGUCAUUUGGAGUUCUGCUCUGGGAGAUUGUAACCCUGGGAGGUAAUCCCUAUCCAGGUAUUGCUCCCGAAAGACUCUUUAACCUCCUAAAAACAGGCUAUAGAAUGGAGAGACCAGAAAACUGCAGUGAAGAAAUGUAUAAUCUGAUGUUGCGCUGCUGGAAACAGGAACCAGAUAAGAGGCCAACAUUUGCUGAGAUCAGCAAGGAAUUGGAGAAAAUGAUGGUGAAGAGUAGGGACUACUUAGAUCUUGCAGCUUCCACACCCUCUGACUCCUUACUUUAUGAUGACGGGCUCUCAGAAGAGGAGACUCCCCUCGUGGACUGUAAUAAUGCUCCCCUCCCUCGAACCCUUCCUUCCACAUGGAUUGAAAACAAACUCUAUGGCAUGUCAUACCCGAACUGGCCUGAGGAGAGCCCCGUUCCACUCACAAGAUUCGAUGGCACUAACUCUGUGUUUUCAAGAUAUGCAAAUGAUAGUGUUUAUGCUAACUGGAUGGUUUCACCCUCAGCGGCAAAAUUUAUGGACAAGUUUGAUAGUUAAAAAUGUCUUGGUGAAAGGUAAUGGACUCAUGAGGGGAAAAAACUUGCAAAGAAUGCAAAGUCUAUUGGCUCGUUCUUUGUGUAUUUAAAACUGGUUAAACCAACUGAUUUCUGGAGUAGCAAACUCUUUUUUUCUUUUUGGUAGUUCUAAAGUGGCGUUAUUCAUGAUGAAGAAUAUAAUAGAUGAUUUCCCCUUCCACAAGACAUAUCAAACCAAUAAGAGUUGUAGUUCUAGUACUUAUUUUUAGCCUGCCAUUUUGCAAACAGUCUACUUUGGUAACUGUUUAUUGCAAAUGGCCAUGAACUUCAUGCUUACAAUAAUUUUAGGUCAGCCAUCCUAUAUUGCAAUUUUAUUGGAUGGGAAAAUGUUCUUGUACUUGAACUGCUCCUUCUUAUGGUGGUGGUGAAUAAAAGGCCACUUGAUCUAAUCAGGAAGCACAA